AUGAUAACAAAAUUUAUUCGCACUGGAAUUGCUGAUAAGGACGAUUAUCCUUUAUUUUUUGAGAAAGCAUUUUACGAAACUGAGGUUGAUGAAAAUGAGGAAAUUAAUCAUCCACUGCUUACAGUUACAGCACGAACGCAUAACGAAUAUAUUUACGGGAGGGCAGUAAACAAGAUGAGAAAAACAUAA